AUGGGUUUGAAGCUACGUGAGACCGAAUUGUCAUUCAAGACGAAGUUCAACUCUUCAUCAUUUCUCCGUGGUAGACGGCGCCUAUACACAGCAAAGCUGGAGGAUUGGGGCCUCCAAAAGGACAAAACAAAAAAGCUCAUUCCUAACGAUGGGCCUCCCGCACCUGGUGACCAUUUCGCUGAACAGGAUAGUUCGGCUGCGAUAGACGUUCAAGGCAUAACUGUGGAAGGGUCAAAACGCCGAAGUAGCAUGAAUGAAGUUAGUAAUCGAAGUAGUGGAAACUCUACCAGGCAAGUAUCAAGAAAUAAGAAGGAAAGACGACCCAACAUGAGGAUGUGGGCAAAGCUUAUGCUGGCUGGUCGAAAAUGA